AUGUCGCGUUACUGCAAGAACAAAUAUAAGAGUGGGGACCUGGUGUUCGCCAAGCUAAAAGGCUUUGCCCACUGGCCGGCCCGGAUAGAGCACAUGGCCGAGUCUAACCGGUACCAGGUGUUUUUCUUCGGGACCCACGAGACCGCCCUGCUGGGCCCCAAGUACCUCUUCCCCUACGAGGAGUCCAAGGAGAAGUUUGGCAAGCCCAACAAGAGGCGCGGCUUCAGCGAGGGCCUGUGGGAGAUCGAGAACAACCCCACGGUCAAGGCGGCCGACUCCCAGGGCGCCCCGGGGCCGCGCAGCGCGGGCGGGCCCCAGCGGGAGCCCACGGCCACCCAGGGCGACGCGGCCAAGCAGAGCGACGCUCAGGGCGGCGGCGACGGGCCGGGGAAGCUGGUCGUCGAGGAGAUCCCCGCGGAAGAGGUGAAGGACGACAACGAGGAGAAAGGGCUUCGGAAGAGGAGCGCGGGGGACCUGCCUGAGGACGCCGCCAAACGGCCCAAGGAGGACACCCCCGAAGAGGAGGCGGCGGCGGCGGCCUGCGAGGGCCAGGGGCCUCCGGGCCGGGAGGUGGAGCACAAAGGCGCCGCCGCUGAGCCUGGCUGUGCCGGGGGAGCGCCUCAGCAGCAGCCGCGGGAGGAGGUCGCCGCAGAGACCCGGGCGGAGGUCGCCGCAGAGACGCGCGCUGAGGACGCCGCAGAGACGGGAACGGAGGUCGCCGCAGAGACAGGGGCGGAAGUCGCCGCAGAGACGGGGAUGGAGGACGCCGCAGAGAAGGGGGCUGAGGACGCUGCAGAGAUGGACGUCGAGGCCCCGGGCUGCAGAGAUGGCGACAGCCUGUAG